UUGUAGAAGCCAUACAUUCGUCAAACACGCAUUGGCGAAUAAGUGACGCCGGAUUCGAGCAAGCGCUAAGAGAAUGGACGAAUUGCCAUAGAAGCGCCCCUUUGAUCAGCCUGAAAAAGGCAUUAUCACGGUGUGCAAAGGGCUGGGAUAAGCAGGAGUUCGCAUGAUGGGGAUUGCCCCUGAAGAUGAAGGCUCCGAGGUGGAUGUCCUCCGCUCCGAUCAAAGGCAUUCGUCGACGCAUGACGACGUUGUCUCUGUUUGGCCAGCAACGACAGGUGAAGAUGAGCGGUUUGUGCGGCGAUGAUGUCGGUCUGUGCCGGAGAGCGUUGCAGAUGGGGUUUCAGAGACAAAGCAGGCAGAGGGGGUCAAUGGAGGCAUCGUGGCAUCACUCGAGGCGGUCACCUCAGACAAGCAAGGCGACGAGGGUGGGGAAGAGCAAGUGCGUGGCCAGUGGGCGGUCAUCAAUGGCUCCUUUGUUUCGAAAAAGAGAAUAGGCGCGUUUCAGGAGGUGGAGGUGGAUGGCUCGAGGGGCUUGAGGGGCUCGAAGGCCACGCGACAGGGCGGCAUCCUUUCACAGAUUGGCGAGCACAAACCCGCUGCCUCAGCUCAGCCCUAGAGCAACAACGUGUGCUAGCCUGUUGUUGUGUAGGCAAUUGGAAGAGACUUGAAAAGCAUACACAGCGACCGGCAUCCGACAGCGUUCAGGGUAGUCGGCAUACAGGAUGGACCUUGCAGGCUGUGCUCGCAUGGCCAGACACGCGCUCUCCUGGCCUGACGAGAGGAGUCCCGAGCACAUUAUCGUGCUCAUGCCCGCCAACAAGGGCAGUGCCCAAUCAUGCAGCAGAAACCGGGGAGUAAAAUAAGAAAGGAUCCCUGUGAGAGAACCGAUACAGGCAGAGAGUAGCUGUGGGGGACGCGAAUUUGUGGGUUUUGUCCGGGAUAUGGAAUGAUGUGUCGUUGUUGGAAGAUGUUCUUUUUCUCUUUAGUGGUUAGUUUUGUCUCUUUUCUUUUUGGUGGAGGAGAAGAUGAGAGACGAAGGGUGAAUUGAAUUGGCGGUGGAACGUGAGAGGGUCCGUGC